UUCCAGCGUUAGACGCUGCAUCUGCCGCUGGAUUUACGUGGUGUUAGCUGCCUUGUCGAGUUCCCUCGGGAACGGACGGGAUAAUUUACUGGACUUACUGCUAGUACUAGUGCAUCAGCCGUAGCGCACCAUCGUGGAGAUACGAACUCAGGCGGAGACAUGAAAUUAUUUAGUUGCAAUUCAUCGUUCAUCGAACAGCCAGACGUCGUGGCUUUUGCUCCCGUACCGCUACUACCAAAUAUGGAACCCGGCCUGGCGCAGGGUGCACGCGCUACUGAUACACAACCUACUGUUCAAGCGCUUGCUCGUGCAGCAUAUUCAGUGGCAGAACCUUGCUUGCUCUACCCUGGCCAGAUGGAUAUCCUCGCCGGCCAGACUGGACCAUCCAGCGCUGCGUCUUCCCACAUGCAGCCAAUGUGCCUUCCCAUGAUUCAAGACCUAAGACCAAUGCAUCCUGCUGCUGUGUCGUCAUCAUUCUUACCCCAAACUCCGACCACCCUGAGUCACGAGCCAGUUCGCUAUCAGAUGCAAACCACCAACCAUACUCAAGCAUUUCCCUCGUCGCUGUUUAGUGCCGUGGAUAGGAGUUUACACGUUGCGAGCACUGCUUUGCAUCCUGGCAACCAACACCACAUCAAGGUGGAUACUCAAUGCCGUCACGUGACCUCGUCUCUAGAUCUCUAUGGUGACUCGCAAGUUGGCAUGCAGGUCGCAGACUGGAUGGCCCCAGUGGCUGUGGAUGAAACGCUUCACGAUUCUUUUCGAGAAGGUUUCCUUCCAUGCGGGACCAUGGUACAGUCUCUAUUGGCGAGUGGUGGUCGUUCCGAAGGCCUCUUCGAUGGUCUCUCUCAACCUUCCAGUGCGACCGAUAGUGAGGAAGAUCUUCUAAUUGCUGCUGUAGCAGCCUCGCUGGUAGAUCCGUGUGAACGUGGACUGGCCUCACCCGAUGGGCGUUUUAAAGGCUACACCGGCCAGGGAUUUCAGGAGACCUUCACCUCCGCCAACUUGUCCACCAGCAACGAGAAACAUCAGGCCUUUUGCGCUCCAUACAGAGAACGGCUAUCCAGCGCAAGCAGUGCUAGCUCGCUGAGUGUGAUCUCGUCCACCGACUAUCGGUCCGAUCCUGCCGCCAUCCCUGGCGCUCUGGGAGGCCUGAUCAGCGAUCUGAGCGCAGUUGGACCUUCCGUCGUGGUGAAGCCCGAACAGGAGGAGACGUCCGUGCAAACCCAUCCCAUGCACGCAAUGCUGAAGUCAUCACCACCGGCGAGGCCAACGCGCCGCCGCCGGCGACCGUCGCCAGCACCGAGCCCAGAGAAGGUGCACCGCGAGCAGCUACGCCGAAACGAGCGACUCGCCACGGAGCUCCGACGGGAGAACGCCGCUCUUCGGCGAGAAGAGAAAGCGCUCAGGGACAAGCUCGAGCAAGUCAGACAGAAGAUCAUUCUGAGCAAUGCCGGCGAUCAGGCAAUCUCCAGUGCAAUGGCGGCGGCGCUGUGUCCCACUGUGGGGAAGUCUGAACCGGAGUGACUUUGACAUAAUACGUUAGGUGUUGUAUUUCAUUCCCACGGGCAGAUGAUAAUAAUUAUUAGUUCUCUACUCAGUUUAAUUUGUGCGCCCACCACUUGAUUCCAAGCACAGCUCCCUGUUGAGUGACUAGACCCGUAUUUCUGAUUAUUCAUUCCCUGCAUUCAUUGAGAAUUCACCCUAUCGCCUGGUAUACACCAUUGUACAUAGUGUACGUGUGGAUAUUAUAGGAAUCGUGCCUAGUACCUUCAUGUUAGUUCAAUCUACAGUAGUGUCUUGUUCCCUUUCACGUGGACAUUCAGUGAUAUCAUGACUUUCCAUCUUGCCCUAUGGUUG